CAAUCAGAAAGCAAGGGGUACCACGACUUCCUGUUUAGGAUUAGAGAAAGAUCGCACUGUAAAUAGAUAGUGAAUGACAGCAUCACAUCAUCAUGGUUUCACUGUCUAUUGAACCACUGCUGAAUGAAUCGGCGUGAAGAACCAACACUGGCACACGGUUUAUGAUCGUCAGCACACGGCCCAGCCAUGCCUCCCUCCCUGCUGUGGGCGGUGGAUGUGUACGGGUGUGUGUACAGCCUGUCGACAGGCGGGCAGCAGUGGGAGCAGUGCAGGGAUGCCCAGCUGGAGUUUAAGAGGGUGACUGCAGUGCAGCAGUGCUGCUGGGGGAUUGCCUGUGACCACCACAUCUACCUGAAUGUCCACGCCAGCGACCUACCCAUUCGCUAUCAGGAAGACACCUACGAAAACCAACGAUGGAAUCCUGUGGAUGGAUUCUCUGACCGCCUGUUGCCAAGUGACCGCUGGCAGUGGAGUGAUGUCACAGGUCUUGAGAACCAACCGCUGGACAGCUUCAAGCUCCCAUUGGCCAACUGGGAAUGGGAAGGUGAUUGGUACAUUGACGAGAACUUUGGAGGAGAGCCCACCGAGAAAGAGGGUUGGACCUAUGCCAUGGACUUCCCUGCCACCUAUACCAGAGAUAAGAAGUGGAACUCAUGUGUCCGUCGCAGGCGAUGGAUUCGCUACCGGAGGUACAAGUCCAGGGACAGCUGGGCCAAGAUACCAUCACAGUCAUUCCAGCUGCCAGACCCCUUUAAUGACAUCAGCUGUGGGGGAUGGGAGAUCAGCGAGGAGCCCAGAGGAAGACUGUCUCUGUGGGCUGUCUCUCUGCAGGGCAAGGUGUGGUUCCGGGAGGGGAUUCAGCACCACAGCCCUGAGGGCACCAGCUGGGAGGAGGUAACUCUCCCUGGGGAGGUGGUCCAGAUCAGCUGUGGGCCUGUAGACCUGGUGUGGGCCGUGCUCUGGGAAGGACAGCUACUGGUCAGGGAGGGCAUCACCAGAGACUGCCCCCAAGGUUCCUCCUGGGUGGUGGUAGACUCCCCCAGUCCAGAGGUAGGAGCCAUCCACGUUGCAGUGGGGGUGAACGUUGUCUGGGCCAUCACCAAGGACAACAAGGUGUGGUUCAGGCGAGGGGUGAACUCCCACAAUCCCUGUGGCUCCGGCUGGAUCGGCAUGGUGGGGGAAAUGGUCAUGAUCAACGUGGGCCUCAACGACCAGGUGUGGGGUAUUGGCUGUGAGGACCGGGCAGUGUACUACCGUCAGGGCGUGACCGCCAGUGAACUGAGCGGAAAGGCCUGGAAGGCCGUGAACGUCCCCCGAGAUGGAGACCGCUCCCACUCCAGCGCUAGUGCAUCCAGCCUGCACAGUGCUGGCUGUUUCUUCAGUGGAGAGGUGCGGGCUCAGUCGAUGAUGAGUGAUGCUGACUCCGACUCAGAAAGGGGGGUCACCGAGGUUGGUGGCUGCAUCGUCACCUGCCCAACCCCAGAGCCCCUCUCCCCUCCCCUUGACCCCCCCUUAGACGUCCCCAAGCCCCGUAUCCCCAAAGUAACCAGCGACAGCUUCAUCUCUGAGUUGGUUUCGGACCGCGAGGUCAAGAGGGAAGGGGCCUCGGCCGGCCCGGCCAUCCUUGAGGAGGAGCUUGUUCCUGGGGAGAGCCAAGCCGCCUUCCCCCCUGCCCUGGUGCUCUCCCCCAGCCAGCCCAGAGGCCUUAUGGACCCUCAGUGGAGCAACGUGGACCUCGAGGAGGCUCAGAGCCACCUGACCGUGGACACCAGGGGUUGUGGGGGUGACGGGGCAGAGACCUGCAGCCUCUCCUCGGUGGCUACCUACAGCCUGGCUCUGGAGGAGCCUUAUGGGGCGGACGAGCACCCUCUCUGGGCCUGGGUCAGUGGAGGAGGCUGCUCUGUGGAUGGGCACUCCCAGCCUCACUGGUUCAACUCCUCCACUACGUUGGCUGCGUCGGUGCAGGCUAUGAGUUUGUCCAUCAGCCCGGCCCAGACGGCCGCCUGGAGGAAACAGAUCUUCGAGCAGCUUAGCGAGAGGUCCAAGAGGGAGAUGGACAACUUCCAACACUAUGAACAGGCCAUCGAGCAGUCUGUGUGGGUGAAGAAGGGCACCAUGCAGUGGUGGCGGGACUGGAAGCCUUACAAGUGGGUGGACGUCAGGUUCGCCCUGGAGCAGUUCUCCGGGCCCGAGGUUAACAAGGACGGCAUCCUCUUCAUCUACUACAACUUCAACGAGGAGAAGAAGUACCUCCACGCGUUUAUCAACGAGGUGACGAUCCUGGUGCCAGUGCUGAACGAUGCCAAGCACACCUUUGCCAUCUACACAGCGGAGAGGACCAAGCAGCGCUGGCCCAUCAGACUGGCAGCCGCCACCGAGCUGGAGAUGCAUGACUGGCUGGCCCUGCUAAGCGUGUCCUGCUGUGACUCCCGGGGACUCCAGGGCCCCCCCUCCCACCAGGCCAUCUGGUCAGUCACUUGUAAAGGGGACAUCUUUGUGAGCGAGCCCUCUGCUGGCCUGGAGGCCUCUCCAUACCCCACACCCUGCGACCAGAUGUUCUGGCGACAGGUGGGCGGUCACCUGCGAUUGGUGGAGGGGAAUAGCCUGGGCGUGGUCUGGGGUGUGGGCUACGACCAUACAGCCUGGGUCUACACUGGCGGUUACGGAGGGGGCAUCUUUCAGGGUCUGCCAAGCAGCACAGAUAACAUCUACACCCAGACGGAUGUGAAGAGUGUUUACAUCUAUGAGAAUCAGAGGUGGAACCCUGUUACUGGAUACACCAACAGGGGGUUGCCGACAGACCGCUACAUGUGGAGCGACGCAUCAGGACUGCAGGAGUGCACCAAGGCAAACACCAAGCCCCCCUCCCCACACUGGACAUGGGUGUCAGAUUGGUCCAUCGACUACAGUGUGUCAGGAGGGACAGAUAAAGAGGGAUGGCAAUAUGCUGCUGAUUUCCCAACUUCAUACCAUGGCCACAAGACCUUGAAGGACUUUGUUCGUCGCAGGCGGUGGGCCAGGAAGUGUAAGCUGACCACCACAGGGCCCUGGCAGGAAGUCCCUCCCAUCCCGCUGAUUGACGUGAGCUUGAUCCCGUGCGGUGGCAGCAGCGGCCUGGAGCAGGUGCCCCUCUGGGCCAUCAGCAACAAGGGGGACGUGCUCUGUAGGCUGGGGGUCACCGCACUCACGCCUGCUGGGUCAUCAUGGCUACACGUUGGCACGGACCAGCCCUUCAAGUCCAUCUCUAUUGGUGGUGCCCACCAGGUGUGGGCCAUUGGCAGAGAGGGCUCCACAUUCUACCGGGGAUCUGUAUCCGUGCAGAACCCUGCAGGUGAAUGCUGGUACCACAUCCCCUCUCCAGCCAAGCAGAAGCUGAAGCAGGUGUCUGUAGGAAGGACCUCGGUCUACACCGUGGAUGAGAACGGCAACCUGUGGUACAGACAAGGCGUGACCCCCAGCUAUCCCCAGGGAUCGUCAUGGGAACACAUCUCCAACAACGUCCGCAAGGUCUCUGUGGGCCCCCUGGACCAGGUGUGGAUCAUAGCAGACAAGGUGCAGGGCAGCCACAGCCUGAGCUGUAGGACUGUGUGUCAUCGUCUUGGGGUGCAGCCGACAGAGCCAAAGGGCCAGUCCUGGGACUACGGCAUCGGGGGUGGCUGGGACCACAUCACGGUGAGGGCGAACGCCAUGGAGCCCCCCAACAUCCGUAUGCCCUCCCUGACGGACCCUGCCCUGCCUGCCCCACGCGGCCCCCUCUCCCUCUGCAACGUGGGGGAGGUCAACGGGAACGCCUUGGGCUUCUAGAGGCCGCC